AUUUAUGAAUAUUUGACACCUUAACUGUCAUCUUCACAAAUAUCAAUUGAAUCUUUAAAGAGUUGAACCUAAAGAGAUGUCUUAUAAAACAUUGAAGCAGAAGCUCCCUCAUGAAAAGCGGAAUCAACACUUAUGACUGGGAAAUGCUAGCCCAUGAUAGUUCCUCACGGCAUGGAGCUUUUAUUUUGAGAUCAGAGGUUUUGAAACUCUAUCGCAGCUUUCUGCGUUUAAGCUACAAAGUGGAGGACAAAGCUAGAAGGAAAGAAUUACAAUAUUGGAUACGAAGUGAUUUUGAUUCUAAUAAAAAUCAUACUGAAGAGGAAGUUAUUAAAAUGGCUAUAAGCAGAGGGAAAUUAUCAUUGCGAGAGUUGGAACAAACAAUAAUGAUUGCCAAGUAAUUAUUUGACCUAUUGAUGACAUACAGUACAACAGAGUAUUUUAAAAAUUAGAUAAACAUUA